GGCGACCGAGGGGUGGAAAAAAGGAGAAGGGUGUUGGGCCUGGCGGGAGUGCUGAGGUUUGUGGGCGCCUGAACUGCUCUCCUGGGCGGUGUCCGGGAAGCUGCUGGCCGAAUCUCCCUGGGUUUGCGCCACCCUCUGGGAAGUGUCCCAGUGCGUGGGCUUCACUAGCGAGACCCUUUGGCCGACGCCAUGGGCUGCUGCUUCUCUAAGAGACGGAAGAGUGAGAAGGAGUCGAGGGCUGAGGGAGAGGAGGAGCAGCCCAAGCUGUACAGCUGGGACCAGCGGGAGAAGGUUGAUCCAAAAGAUUACAUGUUCAGUGGACUGAAGGAUGAAACAGUAGGUCGAUUACCUGGAAAAGUGGCAGGACAACAAUUUGUCAUUCAAGACUGUGAGAACUGUAACAUCUAUAUUUUUGAUCACUCAGCCACCAUUACCAUUGAUGACUGCACCAACUGCAUACUUUUUUUGGGACCAGUGAAAGGCAGCGUGUUUUUCCGAAAUUGUAGGGAUUGCAAGUGUACAUUAGCUUGCCAACAAUUUCGUGUGAGGGACUGUAGAAAGUUGGAAGUCUUUCUGUGCUGUGCCACUCAACCUAUUAUUGAAUCUUCCACAAAUAUCAAAUUUGGCUGUUUUCAGUGGUACUACCCUGAAUUAGCAGCCCAAUUCAAAGAUGCAGGGCUCAGUAUCUUCAAUAACAUAUGGAGUCACGUUCAUGAUUUUACACCUGUAUCAGGAGAGCUCAACUGGAGCCUUCUUCCAGAAAAUGCUGUGGUUCAAGACUAUGUUCCUAUUCCAGCUACUGAAGAAUUCAAAGCUGUACGAAUUUCCACAGAAGCCAAUAGAAGCAUUGUUCCCAUAUCCAAGGGUCAGAGACAGAAGAGCAGUGAUGAGUCAUGCCUAGUGGUAUUAUUUGCUGAUGAUUAUACAACUGCAAAUGCCAGGAAACUAAUUGAUGAGAUGGUUGGGAAAGGGUUUUGCCUGGUGCAGACAAAGGAAGUGUCAAUGAAAGCCGAAGAUGCCCAAAGGGUUUUCCGAGAAAAGGCAUCUGACUUUUUUCUUCUUCUGAACAAAGGUCCAGUGAUUGCCUUGGAAUUUAAUGGAGAUGGUGCUGUAGAAGGAUGUCACCUUAUUGUAAAUGAGAUAUUCAAUGGGACAAAGAUGUUUGUAUCAGAAAAGAAGGAGACAGCAUCUGGAGAUGUUGACAGCUUCUAUAACUUUGCUGAGAUACAGAUGGGGAUUUGAAGCGGAUUGUGAUGAGAAAGAAAACUGAAGGUCAGAAAGUUUGGAUGGCCUAUCAAGCUCAUAGCAUAGUCACUGAACUGCAGUGUAGCCCUCCUUGCUGUCCCCUUGUGGUUACUAGGGGAACAAGACUCACUUCAACCUCCCACGUGAAGCCCUUUCCAACAAUCACAGACAGAAAGGCCAGGUCCCUGCUUGAUGCUCACAUGAUGCUCCAUAGAGAUUUCCAAGAACCCGUUUCUAUGCCUGUCUGGCUACUUGUAUUUCUAGUCUAGCAUCUGCAUCACCUAGGAACUGGAUAGAAUAAGCCCCACUCUUGACCUGUUGACUAAACAUCUAUGAAUAUAUUAUUCAGGUAAUUCAGGUGUUUAUGUGCAUUUAUGCUAAUGUAUGAAAAGCCCAUUCUGUAUUAUUUGACCCCAAACUCUAGAAUCAAAGCUCAGACGUCAUUAUGUACAUAAGGAAUAGAUUAGUGUCCAAUAAUGUGAUCUGUGUUUAAUAAAUGUUUUUGAUUAGAUUAUCCACCAUCUAUUAUACA